CGCCAGUAGAACAGCAGCAGCAGCUCGUCCGUUCUUAUCGAAGGUUAUAAAGCACCAGGAAACCAUCAUUUGCGCGUCCCGUCGCUCUGGGCUCCUUCACAACAUGUCGGCAUCUGGCUUCAUCCUGGUGGUCCUCGCGGUGUCUCUGUGGCCCGGAGACGCCCGCUUCAUCAUAGACCCGUUUACACUCGUCAAACAGAAACCGCUGACUCUAGACAUGUGUUCAGAGUGCAGCCAGGUCAUCCAGCUGUCCGCCAACAUGGUUUCCAGCAGAGACACCAAGGAGACUGUAUAUGAGACCCUGCAUGCUCUGUGCCAACGCCUCCCGAGAGAAACGGCCUCACAGUGUGAUUCACAGCUGAAAGAGUAUUUACCUAAAGUCCUGCAGCAGACACCCGGUCACCUGAAACCAGGAGAAACCUGUCUGGCUUUUGGACUUUGUGCUGCUCACGAGGAGCAACGGCCGAACGCUCGCCCCCACGCCACCAACACGGACGUGUCCGACUCUGCACUCGCCUCAGCAGCCACAACCCACGGGCAGUUCAACCCUGCUUGCACCCUGUGUUUGUAUAUUAUCAACAGACUGGAGACCCUGUUGCCCAAAAAUAUGACUGAGGAUGCUUUGAUGGAGAUCAUGGAAGAGGUCUGUGAUCUCGUACCACAGAGCUAUAAGGACCAAUGUGAUGAUUUUGUCGACAAAUACGGAGUUCAGAUAGUCGAAUUCCUCUUGUCGUCUGUUGCGCCUCACGCAAUCUGCAGUCUUUUGCACGUCUGUUUGUUCCAGGAGCAGCCGGUUCCAGAGCUGUUCCUCGUCUCGGAUUGUGACUUUUGCCGCACGCUGGCUGUGCUGAGCCGCCUCCACCUGGGUCUCAACGCCACCCAAUCUCAAACCUCCUCUUUCCUCCAGUCUGUGUGUGUCCAUCACCCCAACGCCAUCCCCAAGUGUGAGGCUUUCACCAAAAUCUACGGCUCCCGACUGCAGAGGGUUUUGGGGAACCAGAUGGACGCCCCACAUGCUUGUGAAAGAGCUGAUCUGUGUGUGGCCGUGAAGAAGUUGGAGCCGCUGGGAAAGAAUCGUUGUACUUGGGGGCCGAGCUACUGGUGCCAAAACAUUCAGACUGCUCAGACGUGUGGCAACCAGGCCUUCUGUAAGAAGUUCGUGUGGAAGCACUGAACCAAACUGCCCGCCUGAGCGCAAAUAUAACUACUUUCUUUUUACAAAUGUAUUGCACUGAUCCACUUUUUUUUUUGCUUGGGAAAAUUCAUGCCAUAUUUAUGUGUUUGUUCAAUAAGCUUAAGCAUUGAUCCUGAAAUGAUUCCAUUUGUAUAGUGUCACAUACACCCAGGCUGGGAUUCAGUCUGAAACUUAAUAGUUUUGUGAGCAGCAUUAUUCUAAAGAUUGCUAAAUGUCAAAUGUGGAUAUUAAAAUAACGUUACCUAGGAUGACAAGACAUACUAUUAUUCUACUUGAAUGCUACACUGUUAGACUAUGAUCCCUGGUGCUAUUAGGCACAUACAAAUUACAAAACUGCUUCAUUAAAAUGUAAUAGAUAGA